GCGGGUUCAUUUCCGCUUCGCUUAUUCCUUCGGAAAUGGCUGUUGCUGCUGCCGCCGCCGCCGCUAAGCCUUGAGGGAUCAAGGAAGGAAGGAGGAGGAGGAGGCCGCUAUGGGUCGCGAGUCCAGGUGAGCCGGGAGGCCUUUGCGGGAGCCCGCGUUGGCCUUUCCGCAAGGGACAAAAGUGGCCGGCCCCUCGGGGAGGCCCUUCGUGGGUUAGGGGGAGCCGCGCGGGAGGAAGGCCGCUCGGGGGUCGCGAGGUUCUCCACGAACUUCUCGCCGUCGGGAGUGUUGCAACUGCCAAACGGGCCGGGACUUUAUUUCAGGCACUUUCAUAGAGUCCGUCAUUAUUUUUCCAUAUUAUAGUGAUUUACAACUUUAGACGGGGCAUCAUCAGGGCAGUUUUUCGCUCCGCUUCUCUGUUAUGUGCUUGAGGCGGCUGAUGGCCAUCCUUUUUUCCCAGCCCACCCCUGGACAGGAAUGUUUCUGUCCCUGUUUUUGAACCCACCUCAUCACCAGGCCAAGGGUCGAUAACAGUAGCUUCAACAACCCAACAGAAGGGUGUUCUAAAUAUGAAUUUCAUCCAGAAAGGGCAAUACCACAUAUUUCCCGUGCAAAGGUUGGAUUAAUUUUGAUGUUCAUGAGAUCAGUUCUACUCAAUUGUAAUUAAAUAUGCAAAAUGAUACCUCCUCUCUGCUUACUGAUUUCUAAUUUGUUGCUGCUUCUCACCUGUACCAGGCCAUUAGUUAUCCAGACUGGUCAUAAUCCUCUGUAAAUUGGGAUGACCUGUGCUUAUGAACAGCAAACUCGAUGUGACUGUUGUGAGAGAGGUUCUAGCAGACCAAGAACGUAGACUUUAAGAGUACACAAUCAUCAUCAUCAUCAUCAUCAUCAUCAUCAUCUAUUAUUUCUACCCCUCCUAUCUGGCUGGGUUUCCCCAGCCGCUCUGGGCUGCUUCCAACAAAAAAUUAAAAAUACAUGAAAACAUCAGUCAUUAAAAACUUCCCUAAACAGGGCUGCCUUCAGAUGUCUUCUAAAUGUCAUAUAGUUGUUUAUUUCUUUGACAUCUGAUGGGAGGGUGUUCCACAGGGUGGGCGCCACCACUGAGAAGGCCCUCUGGCAAGGUCAACUUUGUUCUUUUUUAAAAGUUCAGUAUGUCAUUAGCUGCUACUGUGUUACUGCUGUUAAUCAAUAUUGGGAUGAAACAGAUUUGCAGCACAGGUUUAUGGUAGCUAGGCUAAACCGAGGCUAGCAAUGAAUGGUUGUAGCAUACCUGAUCCAAAAUAAUUUGUAGAGAGAGACUUAAUAGUGACUUGGCAGAUUACGUAUUUUUAUUUUUUCUUGGUUAUAUCUCAUUCUUAUUUUAGGAAGCUCAGGGCAACUUUUGUGGGGCUCACAGUAGUCUGUCAGGCACUGAUCUAACCCAUCCCUGCUUAACAUCAUUACAUCCUUGGAGGCUCUCGGACUGUUCACUGAACCAGUAACAAUAACACAAGGCUGCUUCUUAUGAUUUUUGUUGUAGUACAUGGACACGAAUUCAGUGUUGUACUAUGACAAAUGUUCCAUCUGCACAACCAUCACCAGACAGAAUGAUCUCCCUUCUUUCACCUGCACACUGUUCUGAAGGUUCUCCUGAAUCCCCUUAAGCUAAUUGGGGGGUGGGUGCAGGGGGAAGCCUCAUUAGGUCAAUCCCACUCCGUAGUUUAAAAUGCACAUUAUCCAACAGGUAUGAAUUGUGCAUGUGUGUGUUUUUAACUGUGUUCCAUACUAAAAAUACAUACAACCAGGUGAUUGUGUCUCUACCUGCAUGUAUGUUGAAAUGAAAUAGUGUGUGUAUAUGUAUAUGUAUAUGUUUUAAUGCACAAUGUGUGUAUUUUGUGCUUGGGAAUUCAUAGCUGUUUACUGACAAUUCUUACAAUAUUUGGACCUCUGUCUUUUCCAACAUCCCUAUGGUUUGCCCUGGAAAUUAUUAAUACUGUUGGAACAACUUCUACAGAUUGGUUGUCUUGUACAGGUGAAGCCUGGCCUCAAGGCAAAUGGAUUCCCAUAUUAGCCAUUUGUUAAAAGCCAAUGUAAUGCUUCUUGGACAAAAUGGAAGAAAACUCUUGACUGGCUUGGAACAUGGUUUGAAGACUUCUAUAAUAAGCUUGUAAUGACUUUCGCAGUAACACAUGGUUUCAUGACAUUAGGGAAAAUCCCAGUAUUGCAUGGCAUGAGUCUGGACCAUUUAUGUCACAUAGUGUGAAAGGUUUCAUGCUGGUUUAGUAGAAGGUUUCACCUUGCUUAUCUUAAUCUCUCUCAUUUCCUUAGAUCAACAAAGCAACAGGUGUCCAAACAAAAACAGUGAGUUACCCUAUUUAAAAUAAUAGUUUUUUAUCUCACACUUUCUAAGCUCAGAUGUACUAUGUUAAUGAUUGUGUUAGUAAAGUUCUCAUACUUUUUCUGUAUAUCUGUAUGGGGCCCAAUUUGGAUAUUCACAGGGCCCCUAUUCUUUUCUAAUAUCUGUGGGUUCUUCCUGCUCAAGAUGAAGUGCAUUUGUUGCAAAGGAAGUAAACAGUGCUGGGACCUGUCGGUUUUUCAUAGUACUACAAGAUACCGUUCUUUAAUUUUUCUAUAUUUUCAGUUCCACAAAAGGUUUUAGCAAGAUAUUUAUUUAGGUUGCAGUGUUUUAAGUAAUACUUUACUCUUUUCACCCUAUGUUUGAUUUUCUUGGUAUGGUUUGCUUAGCAGCCUUAGCUGUGUUAUAGGGUGCUAGUGGCUCUCUUGAGAAUGUUUGGCAUGUAUUUUAGUUAUUAACUCAAUACUUCUAAUUUAUGAUAUAUGGUAGAGGAAAAGUGCAAUUCUUAACAUUUUGGGCAUAAAAAUACUACUGUUUCUACUGCAUUAUUUCUAUCCACCCCAUCUCAAAAUUAAAACAGAAGGCAAUGCUGACAUAAAUGGCUUUCCCAUUGUAAUUUAGGGGCUGAGUAUACAAUUAUCCAGAGAUUGGAUUGCUUGAUCAAGCUGCCAACAAAUGGAUAAUGUUAUCUUCUGUCCUAAUUUAUAAUCUACAGGACAUUACAGCCCUAGAAAUUAACAGUGUUAAUAGUUAGUUGCCUGGAAAUGGUUCAAAGGAUGUUAGUUUAUCAUUUAUUUUUGCUUUUACUCACUGUUUUAUUAACUCCUAAACUGCUUUCCUUCUAUUAUUGUUAUGCUUCUUUGCCUUGAGCCAUGCUUCCAUUUGAAAAGGAAAUACUUUAAAUACAAAAUAAUAGAGCUCGAAUAACCAAAAUGACAUUGUCAGCCCCUCUUAUGAGUUCUGAAUUUUAUCUUAUUUACCAUAUUUUUCCAUGUAUAAGAUGACCCCUAUUUUUUGAGGCUCCAAAUUGAGGAAAUGGGGGGGGGGGUAUUGCCCAGACUUGUUGAGCUUUUUUGGGGGGGGGGGAUUAUCAACAAUCGCUCACCUGCCUGUAAAAGUGAUUAGACUAAGAGAGACUGGCCCAUGCAUGGUUGAGUGGGAUUUGUAGCUGUGCCUCCUCAGUCCUUGUCCAGCAUGUGAAGAUAAGUCAAGAGCUAAUUUUUAACCUUUUUAAAAGCUCUAAAGAUUGUAUUCUUUGAAAACAUCUGUGAUUGUGUACGCUAAACUCCAAUUUUGGUCUUGUAUAUCUUGACCAUUCUGUUGCUACCACAGGCAUUAUCGGAAGCGCUCCUCAUCACGAGGGCGUUCUGGUAGCCGUUCUAAGAGUCGCUCUCCAUCUGACAAAAGAGCAAAACGUGGAGAUGAUAGACGUUCUAGAAGCAGGGACAGAGAACGUAGGCGUGAAAGAUCACGGAGCAGGGACAAGAGGAGAUCUCGGUCACGUGACCGAAAGCGUGUGAGGUAAGCAAUGGAAAAUUGAAUAACUUAUGAAAACGUUCCUCCCCUGGGAGAUACUGGGUGUUUUCUGGUGAAAGAGGUUGCUUCUAACUAGAAGAUGUGUCCAGUAGGAAGUGUUCUCAGUUGGUCAUUUUCCUUGAAAAGCUGUAAUCAUUGGUAUUAAUGCUUGUCCUGUUUUCUUUUUAGAUUACUAAUGAAAUCUUUUUAGAUUACUAAUGAAUAUUUUCUACUCUCUCUCUUUUUAAUGAUUAAACUAGAAAUAAUAUUUUGUUUACACAGUAUUACCCAAAAUCUGCUUGUGCGUAGGCGUUCACGAAGCAGAGAGCGGGAACGGAGCAGAGAAAGGAGACGAUCACGCAGUCGAGAAAGAAGAAGAUCCAGAAGCCGAAGUAGAGGGCGGCGGUCCCGAUCUUCUAGCCCUGGCAAGAACAAGAAAGUAGAAAACAGGUAAUUGACAUACUAAUGCAUGCCAUUUUGUUAAAUAUUGGAAUACUUUAAUAGAAUAGCUGUAAUUCUGGUCAACUUUCUAUAGACAAGUCAUAAGAAAGUUUGAACUUGCUCUGGCUAACCAUGAAUUAAGCAUAUACACAGAGAGGGAACCUGCCAUCAGUACAGCUCAUUUGAAGAUUAGGGGAAAAAUCCAGGGGGGGAAGUGUUUCAUUGUGUGUGCUGUGAAGUGAUGGUGAUAUUGGAGCAUCUCUGAUAAUGUGAUGAGGGAGUUACAGCUACCUGUUCUGUGACUUUGGGAAGGAAAAAAACCCACAUUGAUAAAUACCAGUGAGAGAAGAAGAAUGUCCCUGGGUAGAGAGCAACAUAUAGGAAGGCAUGGAGAUAAGCAUGGUAGAAUAAAAAAUAAGGAGAAUUGUAUUGCGUUUGUGAGGAAUAGGGACAAGAGAUUGAAUAUGAAGAAACAAGUGAGUAAAUGAAGUGAUUAGGGAAGAGCACUGGGAAAAUAUGCCUAGUUGCUUCUGUAUGGUAUCCAGUUAAUAAGUUUUUUUCUCCCUUCCCUCUGUCCUGGUGUGAACUGCAAGAAAAUUUCUAAUGCUUUUGCUGCAACCAUUAGUGCUAGAGAUGAAAUGCCCAGGUUCUGAAAAUUCAGAGUCUGACAUUAGAAGUUUAAUUGUUGGGAAAUACUACAUUAUAGAGUCCUUUCCUUUAACAAGUUUUAUUACAAUAUUUCAUUUGACUGCUUUGAAAUCUGCUUCAUCACCACCACCACCACAGUGCCAAAAAGGAAGAGCCCCACAUUUUUUAACAUACGUUUACCACAUCUGAACUUGGCAUGAUUGCAGCAGAAACUAUCAUGAUAAUAACAACCUUAAAAUUUUGCUGAGAUCCAGGACAGACGUUUUGCAUUUGCCUUCUUCUUAGGUUUGACCUGCUGUUCACUUUGGUGGACUUUCUCCUUUUAGAACUUUUAUUUACCUAAGACACUUCAGUUCUGUAUUCUCCCCGCCCCCCCCCGCUCUCUAUCUCUCCCCCCCACCCCCAAUUCCUAAGCUGUAUCCAAACAUUUUUAAAGCAAUUCCAAUAAAAAUGGAAGAGCAUGUAUGGGCAGUGUUCAUAUACACAGCAUUGCAGAGACUCAGCAAAGACACAAAACGGGAAAUGUUGAGUAUUGUAAGGGACAUGUAAUGCAGAGUAGUUCUUGAUUCUGGCUUCAUAAUGAGGGAGCCGUUUCUUCUUGUUGAGGUUCUUAACUUGUAUCCAAAAACCUCUCUUCAUCCUUCCUGACAGGGGCUUGGUGUUGCAUACACUCUAAUCUAUGUGUUGUUACCUGUACCAUUAUGACAGGGAGCCCUUUAUUUUUAUUUUUCUGUAAAUAAUACUAUGUAAGAAAAGAUUUAGUUCUGUUACUUGUUUGUUGAGGAGCUGCUCUAUAUAGAGAGAGUUGUGUGUAUACUCCACCUAGUGAUUGAUCUUGGUGCUCUCAUUGCUGGGUACUGUGUUUAUCUGCUGCUUCGUUAUGCUGGGCUGCAAGAAAAUGGCACUGGUGAUUCUCUGGCCUCUCAGAAAAUCAAACCAUUCUUUAUAACUUGUUCCUUUGGGGUCUCUGUGCUGCUAUCACUACGUUUAGAAAACCUGAAGGAGUCCUCUUUGUUCUACAGAUCUGCUUUCUCAAAAUUAAAAACAGGUGUGCUAAAUGAAAAGUUUUAAGCAAGCAUGCGGUCAAGGUAUACAAUAAAAAUAUGUAAGCCAUUUCAGAAAUAUAUCCAUCUAGCUUUAUCCACCUUAUUCUAAAGUCACAAAGAUAAUGUCUUGAAAGUUCAGUGACAUAAACUGUUGUUUAAGAUAAGCAUAUGGUUUUUGUUAAAACCUUUCAGUGGGCUCUAAAGAGAACUUUAUAAGAUUUUACCAACCAAAAUGAUUUCUACAUUUAUAGCCAAGGGUUAGCACAUGUUUGAAUUGGAUUUGUCCUUUUUGUGGGAGAAGAGGUGGGAAUAAUAAAAAUCCAUAAUAAACAUGAUAAAUGGCUUUCAUAUUGAAGCCAAGUCUGUCAGAUUCUGAGGGAAGGUGUGUGUUUUAAAACAUUCAUUUUAGCCAGCAGUGACUCCUUGGAGGACACUAACACUUCCAAAGCAAGUGCUAAAUCACUUAGUGAAACAAGCAUUCAUUUUUAGUUGAUUUGCACAAGCUGUUUCCUUCAAGGAGGUGUAAAAUAAACACUGGGACUAUUAGUUACGCGUAGGUAUUCUGGAAAUUAAAUUUUCAAUAAGUGUUUGCUUUCAAAAAGAGAGAGAGAGAAAGAAAGAAAGAAAGAAAGAAAGAAAGAAAGAAAGAAAGAAAAGAUCAAAAUGGAGCCUAACACUUGGUAUAUGCCUAUAAAUUGUAAAUGUCUGAAAUUAUGUGCAUGAUGAGAUUAAAGCUAGGAUCUAAAGAGGCAAAUACAGAGCGAUGCAGACAGUUUUCUUUUCCUUUUGAAGGCCCUUGAGUCACAUGGGCAUAAGAAGGGCCUGGUGGGUCAGGCCGUCUUGUUCAGUGUCCUCUCACCGUAGCAGCCAUAUGCCUAUGGGAAGCCCCCAAGCAGGGCAUGUGCAAGAGCACUCUUCCCUCCUAUGGUUUCUAGUAACUGAUAUUCCAAAGCAUACUGCCUGUAAUUGUGAAGGCAAAGCAUAGCCAUCAUGGUUAGUAGCCAGUGGUUGCUUUUAUUUUUUACUUCCAUGAAUUUUUCUAAGCUUCUUUCAGAAUCAUCCAAGUUGGUGGCCAUUACACCUUCCUGUGGAAGCAAAUUCCAUAGUUGAACUGUGUAAGGAAGACACUUUAUUGUGUCUUGAAUAUUCCAAAAUUCAGCUUCAUUGGGUGUUAUGAGACAGAAAGAAAAACUUGUCUAUCCACUUUCUUCAUGAUAUGCAUACUUUUAUAAACUUCUGUCAUGCUGCCUCUUGCUUUCCAUUUCUCUGAAUUAAAAAAGAACAACCCCAAAUACUGCAACUUUUCCUUAUAGGGAAAAGUUGAUCAUCCUCUUGAUCAUUUUGGUUGCCGUUUUCUGAACCUUAUCCAACUCUAAAGUAUUCUUUUUGAUGUGCGGUCACUAGAACUGUACACAGUGUUCCUAAUGUCUCAUACCAUAGCUUUGUGUAAUGCUGUUAUGAUAUCAGUAGUUUUAUUUCCAGCUUCUUUCCUAAUGAUCCUUACAGCUGCCACACACUGGAUCAACACCUUAAUUGAACUAUCCACUAUAACCCCAGGUCUCAUUCCUAGUCAGUCACUGCUAGUUCAGACCCCAGGAGCAUAUAUGUGAAAUGCAUCACUUUAUACUUGUACUCUAGAUUGCUUAUGAACAAGUUAAAAAACACCAGUGGGGCAGUGGUAUGCAGUAGGGCCUUUUCAGUGGAAGCUCCUACAUUUUGGAAAUACCUAUUUUGAGAUGUGUGUCCGAUGGCAACUCUACAUAUAUUUUGAAGGCAUGCUAAGGUACAGCUUUUUACUCCAGCUUUUGGGAGUGUUUGGUUGUUUGUGAUUGUAUUCUGGUUAUGUUGAACUGAGUUUAGCUGUCAUUAUUUUAUUUUAUAUUGUGCUGUCUUUUUGCUGUGUAGCCUGUUCUGUGACCUUGUGGUGUAGGGCAGGUAAUAAAUGCACCAAAUAAGUAAUAAAUCUUCUCAAGCCAGCAUGACAGUAGUUAGGGAUGAUGGGGUUGUAGUCCAUCAAUUUUUGGGGACUCAAGGUUGGGGGAGGGUGCUUUAGAUUAUAUUUUAUGGCUGUAAUGUUUUGCACAUUUACUUGGGUGUGAAUCCUGUUGAACGUGGUAGUCUUAUUUUUUAAUAAACGGGUUUGUAUCCAUCAAAUUCAGCGUCCUUAUUGAACAAAUUCUACUUGUUCAAUGGAACUUCUCCCUUUCUUCCCCCUGUAUGCCCCUCCAAAUCUGCUUUUAGGAUUCUACAGUGCAAAUCUCCUAAUCUGCUCUUUGGGAAAAGAGAGGGAUGGGAAUUUCCUUUGCGUGAAUGGAAGUUAUUCUGCAAGUGCAAUAACAUUAUUCCCAAACAUUUUGCGUUUCAGAGCACAUUUAGGAAACUAAAACUAUUACUUUCAGCACAAAAUAUCCCACUUCAUGUAAGAAAAACCGGCAGUGCUCACAACCCCCCUCUCAGAAAAGGCAAAGCACCUGCACAUACGCCAAAACAAACAGAAUGCACAGGAAAGAAGCAGGUAGCUCAUACCCAGCAAAAAUUGAGAGAGGCAGGGGGCCUUGACAGGUGCAAAGUCUGUGUCUGUGGGUGCCAUGUUGGGGAUUCCAGUGUUAAAUAAUAAUUUACCAUAGUUUAUUAUUACUUAUGUGCAAUACCAUUAUUGUUUCGUUCACUACACCUAAAGCCUCUUAAGGGAAGCUGACAUUCACCAUCAGUCAUAUGCAACUCUUGAUACUGUCUUUCAGAUCACGAUCUAAAGAAAAAGUAGAAGGUGUGGAAGUUAACAAAGAAAAGAAAAAAGAGAAAGAGGACAAAGAAGAAGAAAAGGGUCAAGAUGUAAAUGUAUGUAUAGUAACUAUUGAAAAGUUUCAUUGUUCAGUAAUGGGCACAAUACUGUAGUUUAUGGACUUGAUAGUGUUUCUAAUGCUGUAUAAAGUCUUGUUUCUCUGCAUGUAGCACAAACAUCUGUUCUAAAUCAUCCUUCUGGACAGAAUGUAGUGGCUCAAUAGAGGACUUCUAACAAGUAGAACAUAAGCUACAUUUGUGUUGUGACUGUGGGCAUUUACUUACUGCUGCUGUAACAACAGUCUCUUGUAAUUACAGCUGUGCAGCUGGAACCUGCUUGCUUUUUCCUAUGUUCUGCUGCUUAUGUUUUGCUUCAUUAGUGAAUGAAACACAGUAGCUGUCCAAGGCACAGAAUGACAGUACUUAAUUCUCCAAGAGAGUGAACUUGUAUUGAGUUUCCCAAGAUUUUAUGUUGGAUGUGACUGGCAAUGUCUUGCAUCUCCUUUUGGAAAAACAGAGUUCAUGUCAGUGAUCAGUAACUGCAUAUGGUUGCUUUUUCUCCCUCAGAAUUUCGAUCAGAACAAACUAGAAGAGGAAAUGAGGAAGCGAAAAGAAAGAGUAGAGAAAUGGAGAGAAGAACAGCGCAAAAAAGCUAUGGAAAAUAUAGGAGAACUAAAGAAAGAAAUUGAAGAAAUGAAGCAGGGGAAAAAAUGGAGCUUAGAAGAUGAUGAUGGUAUUAACUUCUUAUGUAACUAACUGUGGGGAGGGAAGCCUUUUUGUUGCUGUUGAACAUGUGCAGAUGUGAAAGAUCAUGUGCUGUACUAUGUCAUAUGUACUUUCAAAGUGGUUAAGGGAGAGUGGAAGAUAUGGGCUGCAUUUGCAUGUCACGCUAAGCCCAAACCAUGGCUGAUAGUAUGCAAAUAUGCAAACUCCCGAGGAGGAAAUAGCACCCGCUUUGCUCCUUCCCAGACUUCUUACUUUGCUGCUGUGUAACAGCUAAGCCAAGGUUAGGCUCAGUGUGUUGUCUGAACCCAGGAUCAUGGGCAAGGUCUCUCCUGAACUAUGAUAUGUAGCCAAGGUUUGCAGUUACGGGUCCUGGUUAGGUACGACACAGUAAGCCAAAUCUUGGCUUAGCUGCCAUCCCAUGCUGGGGAGAAGCAAAAUAGGUCAAGCUCCUUGUUGGGAACCAGCAUUUUUGCAUUGUCAUGAUAAAUCAUUCAUUGGUUUACAGUGAUGUGCAAACCAGGCCAUUGGGUUGGGCCCAUGUUAAGCUUCUGAGUCUAUAUGAACUGACCCAGACCCUGUGAUCAUCAUCUGAGGUCCUUUGUGUGCCCCCUCCAUGGGAGGUCCAGAGGGUGGCAACAUAAGAAUGGGCCUUUUUUCUGGUGGCUCCCUGUUUGUGGAAUGCUGUCCCAAGGGCAGCUUGCCUGGUGCCUUCAUUGCAUAUCUUUAGGUACCAGGUGUAAAUGUUUCUCUAUAAGCAGGCCUUUGCCUGAUUAAAUAUUCUAUGGCCUCUUAAAUGUGUUUGUGGGAGGGGAUUUGUUUUUAUUUUAUUAUGUAUUUGUGUUCUCAUUUUCUAUUUUUAUGUUGUGAACCGCCCUGUGAUCUUUGGAUGAAUGCAGUAUACAAAUAUGAUGAUGAUGAUAAAUGGAUGCAUGCAAGUGUUAAGAGUUUUCCAAGUUGUUUGGCAAGAAGAAACAAUUUGAUUCAUUUAUUUAUAAAAGCAUGUAAUUGUACAAACUUCUUGUAUCCCAAAAUGGUAUUAAAUACUACUAAAAUCUCUUUUUGCAUUAGAUGAUGAUGAAGAAACUGCAGAAGGGGAAAAGGAAGGUAAUGAGAUUGAAGAUGAAGAACUUGAUCCAUUAGAUGCAUAUAUGGAAGAAGUGAAAGAAGAGGUUAAGAAGUUCAAUAUGAGAAGUGUAAAAGGUGGAGGUGGAGGUGGAAGUGAAAAGGUAAAUUAAAAAUAAUAAUAAUAAUGUACAGGUCUUAAAAUAGUUUUUUGUGCAUUAAAUCUGAAAAAUAUGAGAUCAAAACUAGUAUCAUAUAGAGUUUUCUAGUAGGAUGGUUUGUAAAAUUUCUAAUGUUUAUGACCUUUUCUUUUUAAAGAAAUCUGGGCCAACAGUUACUAAAGUAGUAACAGUGGUGAAAACCAAAAAAGCAUCUCCAGAAACAGAAAAGAAGAAAGGAGAACUUAUGGUGAAUGACCAAGAUGCAAUGGAGGUAAUUACAACAUGCCAAAUUGUUUAUUUUGCCAUAUGAAAUCCCCUAUCAAGUUUAUAGAUUUUAGAAAACAGUUUGAUUUAACCAUGUAUGUAACCCAGUUUUGUGGUGUUCACCAAUCUAUAUGCAAAAUUGUAUCUUUCCCACAGGAAAAAUGAAGAGUUGCCAUAGGCAUUGUGAAAUAUAAUGGCAUUUGCCUAUACUUAAGUCUUAAUACCUUCCUUUUGAGAUUUAUACUUUCAGAACUGCAGAGUCACUGAUAAUAAUUAGAAGUGAGAAGGAUUAGGAUAAGCAGCUUGCGAGGCCUUAUCGUGGCAACAGAAGAGGGCAGCAAUAGUAGUGGCAGCCUAUGAAGCCUCAUGGUGACAUAAGCAGUGGGGCGUACAAGGCCUCGCCAUGGUGGAAAGAAGUGGCGGCAGCCUGCAAAUCCUCCUGGCGGUAGUGGGAGGUGGUGGUAGAAGCUGUGGCAGCCUGCCUCAGCAAGGCCUUGCAGGUCACCUCUGCUUCUGCUAGCGUCUCCUGCCACCACUACAAGGCCUCACAGACCGCUGCUGCUGCCACUGCCAUGAGAAAGGCUUGCAGGCCGUUGCAGCUUUUGCCACUGUGGCAAGGCCUUGAAGGCUACCACUACUGAUGCCACCACGACAAGGCCUCACAGGCUGCCGCUGCUGCCCACUGCCAUGACACGGCUUCUCAGGCUGCUGAUUAUUGUGCCACUGCUGCCAGGCUGCCACUGCUACUGCCCCUUCCCCCCCGUUGUUGAUUCUGCCACUGCCUCUGCCACCUAGAAGGCCUGCUGGCAGUCCCAGAUUAUUUCUAUUCACUAUGACUCAUCACCAUAUUUUGGAUUGUCCUGAGUACCACUAUUUGCCAAGUCCCAAACCAAAUUUUUGGAUGAAUUUUGGCUUUCCUGCUGCUGAAAGUGGCCAUGAGGUGAUUGAUAAUAUCAUCGUUUAUCAGUUUUAGACCUGUAAGUAGUAGCAGUUGCUAGGACAUUGUGCUGUUCGCUUCUGCAUAUUUCCUUCCUUAUUUCAGAUAUUGUGAUAUACCACGAUGUUUAGCUGGUGAUAUAUUGCUAUUUUAGGGACGCAGGUGGCGCUGUGGGUAAAACCUCAGCGCCUAGGACUUGCCGAUCGCAUGGUCGGCGGUUCGAAUCCCCGCGGCGGGGUCCCAGCUCCCGUCGUUCGGUCCCAGCUCCUGCCCACCCUUAAGUGCAAGUAGAUAAAUAGGUAGCGCUUUAUAGUGGGAAGGUAAACGGCGUUCCGUGUGCUGCUCUGGUGCCGGUUCGCCAGAGCAGCUUCGUCACGCUGGCCACGUGACGCGGAAGUGUCUGCGGACAGUGCUGGCUCCCGGCCUCUAGCGUGAGAUGAGCGCACAACCCUAGAGUCUGUCAAGACUGGCCCGUAUGGGCAGGGGUACCUUUACCUUUACCUUUAUAUUGCUAUAUUGGAAACCAGAUAUUACCCAGCCCUAGACUGCUCUUAGUAUAACUUUCAGUUAGCAAGGUAAGGUAAACAUGCUCUGCAGAAAGCAGAUUUCCCCUGAAUAUUACUUUGCCUGAAUGUUUGGCUUUUGUGAUUUUAUAACUCAAACAGUAUUCUUCUGAAGAGGAGGAAGUAGAUCUCCAGACUGCACUGACAGGGUACCAGACCAAACAUAGGAAAUUGCUGGAACCAGUGGAUCAUGGGAAGAUUGAAUAUGAGCCCUACAGGAAAAACUUCUAUGUUGAAGUCCCAGAGCUAGCUAAGAUGACUCAGGAAGGUAAUAACAACUGUCAAAGCAGUAGUAACUCUAGUUUCAGAGCUGUUGCAUUUCAGAUGACCAUGGAUAAAAAUACGUUGGGAGACACCUGGCAUACAGUAAGCCUUCAAACUUAUGUGGGGGCUACAUUCUGGAGAUUGCACUAAAGCCAAUUUCGUAUAUAGCCUAAACUCAUUGGGUACAGUGUUGGUGGGAUUGCCAAAUUCUUUUCUCCUGAACACCCACACCCUUCCCCCCCUUUUUUAUUUUUCUCCAAGUGCUUAAAGCUGAAUGUACACAAGUUAAUUACGCAUAAGUUGUGGGCUUACUGUGUUAGGAAAAGAGAGUCAUCAACAUACAUUAAUGCCUAUAUCAAUGCAUAACACUGUCUUUUGUAGUCAUGCUUACAACAUAGAAAGUAGUCAUGCUUACAACAUAGAAAGCUUAUUGGAAAUCUCAAUAUGCUUUAUCAAAAACAUUGCUGCAGAGGUCAAUAAUAUCACAUGUACAGAGAAUAUCUUACAAGAGGGCAUUGAUUUAUGUGGAUAAGUUAAUCAGUAUGCUAAUCUGGAUUGUGUUUCAGAGGUGAAUGCAUAUAGGCUGGAAAUGGAAGGAAUUAUAGUCAAGGGUAAAGGAUGUCCUAAGCCAAUUAAAACCUGGGUACAGUGUGGUAUUUCUAUGAAAAUCCUGAAUUCCAUGAAAAAGUAAGUGAACAACAGCAAAAUGAAGCAUGCAUGUCUUGAAGUGUAUAUGAAUUCUCCUUGUGUCUUUGCUUUCUGACUCGUGCUGUUAAUAAUAAUAAUAAUAAUAAUUUAUACCCCGCCCAUCUGGCUGGGUUUCCCCAGCCACUCUGGGCGGCUUCCAACAAAACACUAAAAUACAAUAACCUAUUAAACAUUAAAAGCUUCCCUAAACAGGGCUGCCUUCAGAUGUCUUCUAAAAGUUUGGUAGUUAUUUGUUUGCAGCACAUAGUUACCAUGUGCGUCUGUGUAAAAGAAAUUAUCUAACAAAGCCAUGCAAAUUCAAGAUUUCAGGGUAGCUACAGGUAACUUACUUAUUUCGUGUCACUUGUUCACUAAUCAUAUAUAUGUUGUGAUGUAUUUUAAUUUCAAUUAAUAAUUGACUCUGUAAUUUAUUUUUUUUAAUGUGCAUAAUAGAAUGUUCAGGUUCCUAACAUACAAUCUCUGAUUUCCUUUAAGGCAUGGCUAUGAGAAGCCCACCCCUAUCCAAGCCCAGGCUAUACCUGCAAUUAUGGGUGGACGUGAUUUAAUUGGCAUUGCUAAAACAGGAAGUGGAAAGACUAUUGCUUUUCUGUUGCCCAUGUUCAGGCACAUCAUGGAUCAGAGACCACUAGAAGAAGGAGAGGGUCCAAUAGGUACAUGAUAGCGACAUUCUUUUUAAUGCCAUGCUGUUUGUGUGCAGGUUUAAUGGAUCAACCAUGAACUGGAAGCAAACUAUGAAAGGAAAUGCCUGCUUGUGCUAUAUAGUUAUAAUUUCACUAUUAAAUUUGGUAGCUGUUCUCCUUGCCAGGCGGAGGGGAAGACAAUACAGAAUAUGCUCUGCUUCUGUGUUGCAGGUGUAUCUUAAAUGUUAAUUUCUUCUAGCAGAAUAUGUGUGGAUUAGUUUAUGGAGCCAUCCUCAAGUUUCCUUCCCUCCCCAAUCUUUCUUCCCAAACACUGCCUCAUAUAUAUUGAGGUACUGGGUGCUACUAAGCAACUUCAGGAUUUACUAAGGAAAAGCACCAGGUUGCAGUUCAAAGGAGAAUGGAGCACAGCAGGAAAUGUGCAGCAAAAUGAGGAACAAAACUGAAACAAAAUGCAAAGGAUGGUUGUCUGAAUGUGCCUGUAAGCCACCAAGCUAGAGCUUUGUUAUCUAAAAAAAGCAAGUUCGUGGCUUAAUGGGAAGAAAUUGGAUGAAAUUCAUAUUUACCUUGUUUCUUUACACACUUUUACAUUGUACAUAAAAUCCUAUACAUCUAUAAGAUACCUAUUACUAUGACAUAUUAGAUUUCUCUCACAAAAGAAAAUUGUGUCAUUCUAGAAAUUGGAUUUCUUUUGUGGAAGGAAAUCUCGCUACCUUCUAAGCAUGUGUUGGAAGUAAGGUGCUGAAAAUGGUGAGAUUUGCUUAUGAGUAAAGAGUCAGGAUUUUUGUAAUUACACUGCUUUGUUCUUUUCAGCUGUUAUUAUGACUCCUACUCGAGAGCUGGCUUUACAGAUUACAAAGGAGUGUAAGAAGUUCUCAAAGACACUUGGGGUUAGAGUUGUAUGUGUAUAUGGAGGAACAGGAAUAAGUGAACAGGUACAUAUAGCUCUUGUCUCUCUAUUCAUAGUAUCUUGAUUUGUGUUGCUGUCAGUGCAGAAUAUGUUUGGAAUCCUUAUUCUUUUUAAGGUUUCAAGUAGCUUCUCUGUAACAAUUGUUUAAUUUAGAGAGAAUGUGAAGGUUACUAUUUUGGAUCCAGAGAGGCAUGAGCUGGGCUCUGCUCUUGCAGCAGCCUUCCAUGGCUAUUCUACACUACACCUAUGGGGGGUGUUCGUAUUUCUUCUCUGAUGCAUACAUUAGCAAAGGGGGCUUUUUGCUGAAGGAUUCAGCAAAAUCACCAUCUUAGUAGCUCAGUAGGUGGAACAUGAGACUCUUAAUCUCUGGGUCAUGGGUUCAAGCAAAAGAUUGGGCAAAAGAUUCUUGCAUUGCUUGCAGGGGGUUGGACUAGAUGACCCAUCUGGUCUCUUCCAACUCUACAGAUCUAUGAAAAUGAAUAUGUUCCUAUUCUGGUAAAAAUUUUACGAACUUUCAGUUUUGUUGUUGAACCCACAGCUGUUGUUUUGACUGCAGAGUUGCUUUCACAAUUUAGAUAGUAAUUGGGAGUUUCCCAGUUGCAUAUUUGGGACAUUCCACACUUAGUAAUUCACAAGAAAUGGAAUGUAGUGAGUCUAAACUCUGCCACAAAACAAGAGCGCAGUAUUCAACUAAGUUUUAUUUGGAAUAGACCCAUUGAAAUUAAUCAACAUGGCUAAGUUAGCUCCAUUAAUUUCACUGGGUCUACAGUAAAAGCUGGAUACCACCCAAGGCAAUUUAAAUUACAGUAGGUUGGAUGGAGACUUUGCCUUCUACAAACAAAAGGCCGCCCUGAGCUAGCCAACUGCAAAUCAAUCUUUGUGGGACACCGUAGCAAGUAAGGUGUUUGCAAGCAUCUUAUUAUGUUUUGAUUUGUUUUAACUGACAAAAAAUGAGCCAGUCAGAUGUUGCAGGGGAAUAGUACCCCCAACCUUUCAUGUUUACAGCUGAGGGAAUUGGUACUAAAUCACUGAUGUGUAGAAUAAAUUGCUUAAGGGUUGCUGAUAAUACCAUAAGUGUUAUAUAUUUUAAUUUUCCUCAACUUAUUUUAUAACCAGAUUGCUGAACUGAAAAGGGGUGCUGAAAUAAUCGUUUGCACACCUGGCCGCAUGAUUGACAUGUUAGCAGCUAACAAUGGUAAGAAGAUACUUUCAUUUAAUGAUUUUCUUUCAUGAUAAAUAAAUGGAACAUUUUGUUCAUAAAUGGAAUUCCGGAAGUUAUGUAUUUCUUGAAGCUGUGAUAUCAGAUAUCGUGAAUAUAGUCAUAAAAAUGGUUCUUUCCAAUAACUUUUAGAUGUGGGUCUUAUAAGUGAAGGACAGUAACUCUUAAGAAUUUCUUAGAACAAGUACAUGCAUUUUAGAUUUAUAUCUCAACUUCAAAAUUGGCUUAUUUAGGAUUACUGUUUCUUAAUUUGAAGUUAUGCUGCCUGUCUGAUGCUUGUUGACAUUAAUGCAACAUAGUAAUUAACUUUAGUUGAAGGAAAUAUAGCUGCACAUUUCUAAAUUGAAGUAAAUCCACAAUUCUUUUUCAACAAAAACAUGAAAUUUCUCUCAUAUAUUGUAAGUUUUCCUUCUUAGUACAAAUCAAUAUACUAAACAGAGAUAUUGCAGCUUUAAAAUGCUUUUUAUUUCAGUAUUGCAUGCUUGUCAAAUAAUGUUUGAUUUGCUUAAAUAUUGUACUUCAAAACCUCUACUAAACUGUUGACAUUUGACUUCUGUGGGAAAAGUUCCUUCAAGAAUUAUAGAACUGGGCUUCCAAGACUUAAGCCAUCAAAGGUAGGUACAUCAUUGCAGUUCCCAAGCAAUGUACACUUUUAGGAGCUGAAUAAAUAAUGAAAAUUCUGCCAAUUAAAAUGGGAUAACAACAUAUGUAUUUAGUCCUGAAGAAGGAGAUUUACCUUUUAUCUGCUUUAAAUUGGCUACCUUAAAAGCCACAUUAAAACAGCUUUUCCUCUUCCUUUUCUUUAAAGCAAUAUCCUUGCUUCAAAAUAGCUAAAUUGUGUGUUCCUCCCCUUGUGUGUAACUCAGUCCAGCAUCCAAAUAAGUAGUUGAGAAAUUCAGAUCAUAAUUGAUGAUUGGGGUGGAAGUAACCUAGGGAUCUGCAGAAUUAAAGAAUCACCUGGAAGGGAGCGUCUGGUGGAGUGCAUAACCCCUAUGCUGUGGAGAAAGUUCCAUGCUUUCUUAGAUUUUAAUGUACCCCAAACUUCAUGUCGGGUUUCUGCUCUUCCCAUGUUCAGAGGAGCUUGGGUAGGGUUUUUCCUGCCUUACCCAUUCCCUUUACAGCAUAUAGAAGCAGCAAUACCUGCGGGUUUUGGACAUUUCAGUUCUUCCCUAGUUUUAAGUGUUUAAGGGUUUUGUUGUUAAAACUCAAUCUUCUCUCAUGUAAUUCCGAAUCACAUGAGAUUAGAUCCUAAAAUCCCAAGUGGAAAGCACUACCACAAAUGCUUGUGUAUGUGUAUGUGUUCUUCUGACCCCACCCCUUAUUUUUUCAUCGGCACCCACACCCCGUGCUGUGCUUCACACUGAUUCAUGAUCCGCUAGAGUGGUGGGGGGAGGGCUUUAGAUGUUGCUGCUGAUGGAGGGGGGAACCCACAAAUUGCAUAUGCAAUGUGUGUAGGGAAGUGUGUUCUACUUACAUAUGGGGUGUAUGAUAUAAUGUAGAAUUGCUACUGUGUACAACAUUUAAGUUUAGCUUCAAGUGCCUUUUGUAUUGGCACUUCUGAAAGAAUCUGUUGUGAUUUAUUUUUAAAGACAAAUUCUUUGAGUUUAGACCAUAAAAUAAGACAAAAGACAUACUAUGCAUAGGCCCAUUUGCUUUUUAAAGACUGAAUUUUAAAGACUGUAGCUUUUUAAAGACUGAAUUGUAAGUGUAAAGGUGUGUCUGAAGGUAUUGGAAAUGUGGCUUAUACAAUUCUUGUUGUUAGCUGCUGUCUAGAUGAUUCUCCUUAUCUUCAAAUCAGUGUGAGAGGUGCUGCUUCUGACAAAAACAGUGACAAAACUCUUGUCUUUGUGGUUACUUUCACCCAUCCUAAAUAUUUCAAAUAAUAACUUAAGUAGAGGCUUUUGUGGGGCUUCUUCAGUUAGCUCUUGAACUUUGCCUUCCACACAUGCGCUGUAAUCUCUAAUAUGUUUUUUUCUAGGUGGCGCUCACAGAUAGUGGCUGAUGUGGCUCGUUGCUUCACCUCAGUCUUAGUUUUAUGAUGUGUUUUGGUGAGGGCUGUUUUCUGAAUUUUACAGGUUCUCCUGGCCCUGUACUGGUAUGCAAGAGAGGAGUUUGACAAAAUAAUGGGCCUUGUGCAUCAGUACACAAUUGCCAAAAUGUCAAUGGAGCAAGAGAUAAGGAAUUUAGCAAAUUGCUUUUCUAAAAUAAAUAUAACAUUUAAUGUUUGUUUAGCCAGUAGUCAGAAUAUGUACCAUUUUAUUUACAUUUGCUGUUGAAGAAAAAUGGCCUUUAGAUUUAUUCUUGUUUCUCUUUAUUUUUCUCUCGCCUUUUCAUAGGUCGAGUGACAAAUCUUCGGAGAGUGACAUAUGUUGUCCUUGAUGAAGCUGAUAGAAUGUUUGAUAUGGGCUUUGAGCCUCAGGUGAGAAUGGGAAGCUACUAGACUUAGAACAAUUGUAUUGUAGAGUUGGAAGAAGUUAUGUGUGUCUGUUUAGUUCAGACCUUGGGCCAUAUUGCAACCCUCCAGGUCUUUCUAUCUGGUCCUUGGGACUCUCCCUAAACCACAUCCUGGCCUUGCUUAGCACCAUCCUUGAGUGUUUUGCCUAGUGUCAGUUUGUCCUUGAACACUAAUAAUGCUACUUGCUUGGCUGGAUGGAAGAUAGAGAGGGAUGUGUAAACAGGUGUAGAAACUAGCUUGCUGUACAAGGCAAAAUUAAUAUUUGUUCUGCCCAUUGUUACCUCUGCCCUUGCCCAUGUGGCCUCUGAAAUAUGCCUAAAAGUGAUUGCAGCUCCCAAGACAAAAAUAGUUCUUCCAUCCAUUGUUUAGAACAUAUGUGAUUAAUCUGAAAUGGGUGCCUGGAAAGUUCACAGACAUGGCUGGUACAUACUUAGCCCUAUAGUGCUGCCUGCUCCCCAGUUCAGUAGACUAUAUACAAAAUAGCGUCAGGCAACAACAAAAGGGAUGUAUUUAAGAAACUCUAGAAGGCUUAUGCUUGUGGCAAACUUAUCAGGAAGAUUAGCCACCACUAAUGUAGACACUGAAGUUUCUUUCCUGUAGAAUGUAGGAGGGUUGUUCUGCACUUUUUGUUGCAGAAUUUGUACAGAAGUAGACCUGCAAAAAUAAUCCUUAUAGGAGAUUGUCCCAUGCCCAACAGUAAAGAAUGUCCCCAAUGUUCACUUGUUUUCCAAUUACAAUUUUCUUUCAGUAAAUGAAAAAGCACUGAGAGCAUGUUGCUAUUUGAGUAUUUGUACAACCAAUGUAAAGUGUUGGGGUAAACCAGGCAUAGGCAAUCUUGGCCCUCCAGAUGUUUUGGGACUACAGUUCCCAUCAUCCCUGACCACUGAUCCUGUUAGCUAGUGAUCAUGGGAGUUGUAGUUCCAAAACAUCUGGAGGGCUGAGUUUGCCUAUGCCUGCUAUGUUCCAUAGGCUUUUGCAAAAAUGUUUGGUUACUAAAAUGUUUCCCAGAACUGUCUAUGUAAGGUUUUGCAUUGUAUUGCAUGAGCUAAGAUGCAAGUAAUUUGAUUUGGAGAAUUGUGGUGUUAACCUUCCCUGUGAACUUGCUCUAGGUUAUGCGCAUUGUAGACAAUGUGAGACCUGAUCGCCAGACUGUUAUGUUCUCUGCUACCUUCCCUAGAGCCAUGGAGGCUUUAGCUCGUCGAAUAUUAAGCAAGCCAAUAGAAGUCCAAGUUGGUGGUAGAAGUGUCGUCUGCUCUGAUGUGGAACAAAAAGUGGUAAGUUUCAGGAAUAUAUCUGCUGCGUUUGCAACAAAUUGCUCAAAACUCGGUAGUACAUACAAAACUAUACAUCCAAGAUGGUUUCAGCUCUGGAUUAUUUUGAAAAAAAUAGACCUCUAAAAUACAUUCACUUUACAAGGUAGGGAAUAGUGAUUAUGUUUAUCCUUGUCUUACAUGGCUUUGGCUAGACUGACAAAAAUAUCUUACAGUAGUGAGAUUUAUUUUUCCUUAUACCAAGGAUAUUAUUUAUUUUUCCUUCCACCAAGGUUACUAUUUGUAUGCACAGUCUAUGAGCUGUUGUGCCAGGAAGCUUAUAUAUAAUGGUAGCUUCCUUUGCAUGAUUUUGACCAGCUCUUUGAAUCCUAGCAGCACAGCUCUUUCUUGUACUUCUUUCAAAGCAGGGUGACUCCCCAACUCCCAAAAGCAAGAGAAGAGAAGAGAAGAGAAGAGCCUUGACCCACUUGCUUAGAUGCAGCUGUAGUUUUUCUUGCAAAAUUUAGCAAUUUGCACUAUCAAAAUUAAAGCAAGAAUCAUAGAGUUGAGAUGGAAGAGAACUGUAUAUUGACUUGCUUGAUUUUUACUUCCAAUAUGACUGGAAGCCAAUUUAAGCAAUUAUCGGUGAGAUGCUGUCUCCUUAAACUAUGUUGUUCUUUCAGAUUGUCAUAGAGGAGGAGAACAAGUUUUUGAAGUUACUUGAAUUAUUGGGACAUUAUCAGGAACAAGGAGCUGUCAUUAUAUUUGUAGAUAAACAAGAACAUGCUGAUGGAUUGCUGAAAGACUUAAUGAGAGCCUCCUAUCCCUGCCUGUCUCUUCAUGGAGGUAAUGGACAUUAUUCAGUCAUUACAUCUAUAUAACUAGAGUAAUGAAACCUGAAUAAUGUCAUUUCUCAACAUCUGUAUUAUGUGUCCUCCACAGGUAUUGACCAGUAUGACAGAGAUAGCAUAAUCAAUGAUUUUAAGAGUGGAGUGUGCAAGCUUCUUGUGGCCACAUCCGUGGCAGCCCGAGGUCUUGAUGUAAAACAUCUUAUGCUUGUAGUCAACUACAGCUGCCCCAAUCAUUAUGAGGAUUAUGUGCACAGAGCAGGCAGAACUGGACGAGCAGGCAACAAAGUAUGUAUGCAAUAUUUUUUAUAAAUAAACUGCUAAAAACGGUACUCUGAUAAAGAUGAUUUUGUUUGCUGGAGGUAGAGAAUUUGUAGAACACUGCAGGUGGAUCAGUUUUAAAUAAAGGCUAUUUUAAAUCUGAUCUAAGUCAUGAUUUAAAUCAGCUGGAAGUUCAUUUUGACAUUCACGUUUUCUGAACAAGCAUGCGUUCUAACUGAUCACUCAGUUAGAUCAGAAGAUGAUAAUGAUAAUAAUAAUAAUCUUAUAUUGGUUUGUGACUAUAUAAAGCCAUUGUGUAACCUCAAGGCAUAAUUCAGAUUCUUUUGGCCAUGCAUCCCACACCAGUUUUGUACUGUAGAAUUAUGUCUGCUUCAAGGCAACCAUAUUCAUAUGCAGGUACAGUAAGAUCACUGCAGUCCUGGAACAAAUUAGCAUGCUAAUUCAUGUUGCACUGAACUAUGGAUAAUGUCUAUGUACAGCAUAUGUUUGCAUUGUUCCAGUUUCUUUUUAAAUGAGGUUAUUUUUUAAAGAAGACCUUUUUAUAACUGAAAUGUAGAAAGAUAAAAUUAAGACUUAAAAAUAUAAAUUCUGGGUUGCUUCCAGUGCUAUGCCAGUGGGAUUCUGCUGGUGCAACAGAUUUUCUGUUCCCUUUCCUCCCCCCCCCCAAUCUUCUCCAGAGUCCCCCCAACUGUCUUGACCUGAUGAGUGGGCUGUUGCACACACACAAGUUUCUUGCAUCAGUGUAGUUGACUUGUUGGAUGCUGCCCCCUGUCUCUUGCCUUUAAAAAAAGCUAAAAGUCAAUCCUGGAAUGCUAUCAGGUCUUGUGGAAACCUUAGCAAAAGAACUGUGAUACCACGGAAGUCAGUGACUACAUUCCCAUUGAUUCACCUGUGGGUCAAGAAGUUGCCACAAGAUUAAAACAGACUGGUGUCUUGUGAUUGCUCUUCUUACCUGUUACCCUAUUUGUUAUAUAUUUGGUUGUCCCCAAACAGUGAAUUAAGUUCUUCACACUAGCUUGGUGGAUUGUUGUGUCCUAAAAUAUAACUGCCCCCAAAGUUUAUACAUAAUAUUUUAUUAACAGGGUUAUGCCUAUACCUUCAUUACUGAAGAUCAAGCACGGUAUGCUGGUGAUAUAAUUAAAGCUUUGGAGUUGUCAAGUAAUCCAGUUCCUCCUGAGCUGGAGAAGCUUUGGACUGACUUCAAAGAUCAGCAGAAGGCUGUAAGUAAUCCACUUUUCCGUUGUCUGAUAAUGUUUGUGCAAAGACAAAACAGUUGUUAAAUAGGCUUCAGAUGGGCACUUGUUGGGACAUAGUUUUAACGUGGCUUUUAUGGGGUUGGAGCCAAAGUGUCUUCUGCUCAAGAACACCUCCCACUUUGAGUGUUUGGAGAGAAAAGUGAAACGAAUCCAAAUAUGUUUUUCUGAGAAAGCAAACAGUAGCUUGAGGUCUGCCAUAGAGCCUGCCUACUUGAGCACUAUGUGUCCUUGUUUGCAGGAGCUUUGUUCCUUUUGCUUUUUGAAUCCAAGCUGUACUUUUAAAGUUUGGAGGCCAUGCUGUAGAGUUAGGCCUGGUAAUAAUAUAAUGAGAAGGAGGUAAAAGAAUGUAGUUUACUUCAGACUGCUGGUUUGGGGAUGGCAUUUUUGAGUGCUAUUUUGUGCAACAACUUCCCACUGCAGUGGUACCUCAGGUUACAUACGCUUCAGGUUACAUACGCUUCAGGUUACAGACUCUGCUAACCCAGAAAUAGUGCUUCAGGUUAAGAACUUUGCUUCAGGAUGAGAACAGAAAUCGUGCUCCGGCGGUGCAGGGGCAGCAGGAGGCCCCAUUAGCUAAAGUGGUGCUUCAGGUUAGGAACAGUUUCAGGUUAAGAACAGACCUCCGGAACGAAUUAAGUACUUAACCCAAGGUACCACUGUAGUAGAGACCUAGAAAAGGGAGUAGCCUGUGCUUGACCUUUCUGCCUUGUGUUUUUGUUUUUACAUCUAGGAAGUUUUAUACAUAAGGAGCAGUAAAAAAUACCACCCACCCCCUAACUGCAGCUUGAAAUGGUGUACAUAUGCAUUUUGCUGCAUAUGUAGAUCAUGCCUCGAUUUAUAGGCUGAAAAGCAUUGAUGCAGUUUCAUUUUUUAACUUUUUUGUUAAAAUGCUGCUUGGGUGUGCAUGGAAAUAUUUUAAAAAGAAUAAGGGUUCAGUGGAUUUGUUCUUUUUGUUCCACAGGUGCCAUGUAGUUACUUUUUAAGGUGAAAUAUAUUUCUGUGUGAUACCUGUUAAAUCUGCUUUUUUGUUUCUACAUUUGGACUUUUUCUGCAGAUGGAAUUUUUCUACCUGCAUUAUGUGUUGUGGGUGCUUAGCAGUACUUUAGCAGGAUCAGCUCCCCCAUUCAUUAACAUAAACAAGUAUUGAAAUAUUUGCAAUAGACAUGUUAAAAGCUAAGUUGGAAUUUUUAUAUUGUGGAAGUGACUUCUGAAAAGGAGAUUUGCCUUUUAGGAGGGAAAAACAAUUAAGAAGAGCAGCGGGUUUUCUGGGAAAGGAUUCAAGUUUGAUGAAACUGAGGAGGCUUUGGCUAAUGAGCGGAAGAAAUUACAAAAAGCUGCACUUGGCUUGCAAGAUUCAGAUGAUGAAGAUACGGCAGUUUCAGUAAGUAUUUAAAUUUACUUUUUAGUAUAGCAUUCUCUUCAUAUAUACACAUAGUAACUACAGAAUUGUGACUCACUUUUUCUGCUUCUGUUCUGAUUGAUUUCACAAAAACAUGGUUGCUUGUUAGCUGAAUUUCCUUUUUAUAUACAAUUAAAAGGAUUUUUUGCAUUCCAAUGCUUCAUACUCUUUACAUUAAAUGGAAACUGAAUAUUGGAUGGCAUCCAACCUUGCACAAGUGGACAUCCCCUUGUGCAGCAGGAGUUUCCUGUCUUCACCUUUUGUAGGCCCCUGGGAGCUCCCAGGCGUCACUCCAAAAGAUUGUCAGAUCCGCUGGAUCAGAUUUGGGGACAUGUAGGGGCUUCAGGGUUGAGGAAAUGAAGGGAAGUCAUAUUACACAAGUGAAGUCCCUUGCAGAGUUGGGCAGACAUCACUGGAUCUUACCCGCUGUUUAUAACAAAGAACCUUGUGAGACCUUGAAGACAAACAGAUUUAUUAUACAUAAACUUUUGGGGGCUAAAGUCCAGUCCACUUCAUCAGAUGCAUUUGAUGGAGUAGAUUUCGGUCCACGAUAGCUGUAUGUAAUAAGAAAUUUGUUACACUUCAAGGAGUCACAAGGUUCCUCGUUGUUUUAUUCUGCAAUGAACUAAUUUAUCUACCUUUCUGGAAACUGCUUAUAAUGAAGGUCAGGCAUGGUUUUAAAGUUUUGAGGAUUUUUCUAUUGCCUUUCACUCAAAAUGAGACUGUCAGCACCCCAGGAUGAAUUAUUUCAGAGACUGAUUCUUGCUUUUAUUCAUAUAAUAGGUGGAAUUUGGCGUUGCACACGUCAGAUGGAACAAUCCUGCCUCCACUGUGUGCUUUUCCGGGGAGUUCUGACCUCCCCCAGAGCCAAUUGUGGGGGUCACACAGGGGGAGGAGAUGGGAGAAGCCCCAUUACACAAGGAAAAGCCCUUGCACUGGGCUUCCAUUGACGGAGUUGACCAUAAUUUCUGAAAACUUGAAAUUACAUUGUUUUUUCUUUUUCAAUAGAUUGACGAGCAGAUUGAAAGUAUGUUCAAUUCAAAGAAAAGAGUAAAGGACAUGGCAUCAUCUGGCGGGACAUCUAACGUUCCUGCCCCAACAGCAGGAAAUGCAGAAAAGUUAGAAAUUGCUAAGAGAUUGGCAUUGAGAAUCAAUGCACAGAAGAAUCUUGGAGCCGAGGCACAAGUAUUGGUCUCUUUUCAAUUUAAGGUCACCCUCCUUUACAAAGCAAACAUUUAUAAACUUUUAUUGAAUAUGUUAUAUGUUGCCGACUGCAUCCAGUAGAAUUCUCAUUAUCUGGACAACCCUAAGAGACACACACAUUUACACUGGGGUAAAAAAUGGUGUAGACAUUGUUUACAGAGUUCUGUGUUAAAAAAUACUCAGUUUUGACAAAACCAUACAGUCCAAGUUAAGUACUAUUGAAAAAGGAGUAAAAAAAUUCACAUUCCCUUUUAAUGCCUUUCUGUGGUUCUAUAUAUGUAACUAUCCCAGAAGUGAGGAGUGAAGUAUUUAUUUUGAAUAACCACUACAGCAGGGAUGAAGAACCAGAUGUUGCUGGGCAGUCUAGGAAUUUGAUGGCCUGGUUAGCAGAGCAGAGGGGCACAGGGCAUGAAAAGGAAUUCAUAUAUGGGAGGUCCAGAUAGCCAAAAGUUCCACUGCAUAUAUGUUGGCAAUAUUUGAAGUGUUUUUGAUGUGACUGUUGAUGCAGAAAUUCAAAGUAUUAAUGCCAAUAACUGGGCCAACUAUGAAAGUUAUAAAUACCUUAAUAAUUUUUCAAGGUCCCUAAAAAAAGUCAUUAACCAUAUUUGACAUGCAAAUAUGCCUUUUUAACAAAAGUUCUUUGUAGAAUGGUAUUUCUGCAUGAACAGUUUUUUUGUGGUUGGCUGUUAGCAUGCUCAGUAUCAGUGAUUACCAAAUAAGAAUUUUCUCAUUUUUGUCAAUAAUUCUCUUUUUUUUUUUAUAAACGCUUCAGUCCCAGUUUGGGAUAGAUAGCAAAAAAAAAAAAAAGGUGCCUAAAUAGUCCCAAAGGACAUUAAAUAAAACUAAGUAAUAUGUUUGUUUACCAAAAAACAAGGGAAAUAGAAAAGGGAAAAGAAAAGAUAAGAAAAAAGUGCACCAGUACUAUAAAUAUGUAUGUACUAAUGCUAAACAGGCCCAACUUACUUCAGCCAUAAAGUUAAUAUCUGAAAAUAUAAGGGUCUGGUGACUUCUGUUUCAGUGUAUCUGAAGAAGUGUUCAUGCACACGUAAGCUCAUACCAAUAACAAACUUAGUUGGUCUCUUAAGGUUCUACUGGAAGGAAUUUUUUAAUCUGAAAAUGGGUUACUGUUCAUAUACUUUUUGUUCUGCAUGAGCCACUUCCUAGGUGAGCAGUAUUUUGCCCACUAUUUGUGUGCAAUGUGGAGAACAUGCCAGAAUCAUGAGUUAAUGCAAAGUUGCCGGAAAACCUUAAACAGGAUCUCUUUUCUCUGCAACAAUUCACAACUCUCGUUUCUUCCUCUGUAGGUAUUUUGGCACUUAUUUUUUGGGUCUGAGCUAUCUUCUCCUCUGACUUACUCUAACCGGUCAAGGAACAUAGAGGGAAUCAUACGAUAAUGGCCAGUGUUGGCCAUCAGGGAGGGGAGUAGGACACAUGCCUUGGUUGCUGAGGCAGCUGGGCGGACGCUCCCUGCCUUGCUGUGCGGCAGUGAAACUGCCACAGUGCAGUAAAAUCGGGAGCAUUCCCAUCGCUGAAGCACCUCAGUCACUUUUUCCUAUCUUGGCAUGCUGAGGUAAUUUCACUGCAUGGAAAGAGAGUGUGUUGGCUCAGUUGUCUUGGUAACAGGAGGCAUUAAAAUGCUACAGAAUUUAUUUGCUGCUCUUUCAGCACAGACUCUCAGAGCAACUAACAGUCAUAACAUAAAACUAAACAGUAAAAAUUUAGUUACAAUCAUAAAUAAAUAAAUGCAGCAUAGCAGUAAAACCAUAUGAAAAGCCUCCUGUCACAGCAAAAAAAAAAGAGCAACCAGUUAUAGCAGCUAGUUGAAUGAUCAGUGACUGGUUGAGAUCAUUCAGAGAAUAAAUAGCAUGCCAGUCAGAUUAUCACUAGCAGGUAAAAGACAUCACCAUACUAAUUUUAUAUUACUUUUGGGUGUAAUCUAUUCAAUUCUAUUGGUCCUUGGAUUUUAUGUUUGGGGUGAGUUCAUUUUGCUAAGAAGCGGAGGGUUUUUCUCAUAGAAGGUAUUUCAUGGUACAGUGGUACCUCAGGUUACAGACGCUUCAGGUUACAGACUCCGCUAACCCAGAAAUAGUACCUUGGGUUAAGAACUUUGCUUCAGGAUGAGAACAGAAAUUGCGCACCGGCGGCAGCGGGAGGCCCCAUUAGCUAAAGUGGUACUUCAGGUUAAGAACAGUUUCAGGUUAAGAAUGGACCUCCAGAAUGAAUUAAGUUCUUAACCCAAGAUACCACUGUACUAGGAUAAAACUCCAUUCAAAACUUAGGCCAGAAUCCAAAGAUGCAUGCAACUACUUGCAUGCAGAAAAUGCAGGUGUGGAUUUCUGGAACAGCAGUGUUUGGAACAGAGGAUUUACAAAUACAGUUUUUUGCCUAGCAUUGUUUUCUUUUGUAUAACAAAAGCAUCCUGAAACCCUUGGGCUUUUUGGAUCCCUACCACUUGGUUGCUUGUAUAGAGUUGCAACCUAGGAAAGGGAGUCAUGACUUGGGGGCAGCUGUUUUGAGAAAGUGCUUAAUCCUGUUCCAGAUUCUUUUCCUCUUAUUAUAAGCUCAUUCUGCAAACAAGCCAACACAAUACAGUUUAGGCCAUGUUUAUAGACAUACCUGUAUGUAAACCCGUGCAAAAUUGGACAACAGCCUUCUAACGCUUUUCAGCAUUUUCAUUUAAAAGCAUAAUUGGUAGCAAAAUGCUGUUUUAGUUCUGUUAGGCCAAACUUGAUGUGAUGGGGCAGCCAUAUUUAUUUAGGAAUAUGUCUCACUUUCAUGCCUUAAUUGGGCAGACAUAAAAAAUAGUACAUGGAUGAGGGAAGCUAGGCCAUCCCUUCCUUUGCCUUGUGCUCCAUUGGUUCAAAACACUCCCAGCCAACUCUAAUAUCUGAAGUGGGGAGAAAAAUGCUUGCAGCAGAGGAAGCCAGCCGCGUCAGGCAAAGGAAAGAAUAGCUCUCCUCACUGGCAUAUACUCCUAGGUGCAAAAAAUAAAAUAAAAUAAAAAUUCAAAAAGGACAGAUGUUCCGCUUCAUACUUGAAUGCAUGUAGCUGCUCCAGUCACUUAUAAUUUGGCCCAUAGCUGACCUGCCCAGUUGAUAAUGUAUUGAUGAGUUUAAGUCUGUAAUGAGAGCAGCUCCACUGUUAAAAUUUCAGGGUCUAACGAUACAUGAACAAGAUCACUCUUGGAAAAUACACUGUGUUGUUUAUUAUCUAAAUAAAAGAUAUAUCCAGUAUUGCAGAUCUGUAGAUUGUCACAGCAGUGGCCCUAGCCUGCAUUAUUUAUUCUGGCAGUUCCUUCCAAAACCUGGGCACGUCACAUCUGCUGUAACCUGGAUUAUAGCUAGUGCAUUUCUGACUACACUGUGUUUGAUUUCAGGCUUAACUUUGAACACCAAGGUUCUGCUCAUAAUUGUAUCAAUUUUUUAUGUGAGGUGUGCUGUGCUUUUAUAUAUAGUUGCUACUAGAAUGCAAAGACCAUCUGAAGGCCCGUUUUUAUGAUUAAAAAUAGCAGUUUAUGCCACUUUAAAAAUUAAGAAAUUUAUUAUGGCAUAAACCUUUAUGGUUCAUCAUCCAUGAAAGCUUAUUCAAUAAUAAACUGGUUAGCCUUUAAGGUACCACAAGCAUUUUUGUUUCCAGUCUUUUUAACUGCUUUUGCUGCAACAGGCUGGCAUGGCUACCCAUCUGGGAAUUUAUAUGAUUAGUUAUCCUGGGAUAAUAUUGUCUUUGUUUCAGUUCAACGUUUGUUUUGUUUGUACAUCCAAGGGGGCCUGGGAUUAGUCAGUCUCAUUUGUGCAGGUUUAGAAUAUAUAUGCACAGGUGGUUAUGAAACAACAUUCAUAUGCUGAUAAAAUUCUUGUACUACCUCAUGCUGUGGUAUGUUUCUGAAAUUUGUUUUGUUUUGUUUUAUUUAAAAAAUACCUUAUUACAGGAUGUGAUGCAGCAAGCUACAAAUGCUAUCCUGAGGGGUGGCACCAUUCAGGCUCCAACCGUAUCUGCAAAGACCAUUGCCGAACAACUGGCUGAGAAGAUCAAUGCCAAGCUGAAUUACGUGCCCAUAGAGAAACAAGAGGAGGAAAAACAGGAAGGCGGACAAAAUGAAUCUUUUAAAAGAUAUGAGGAAGAACUGGAGAUCAAUGAUUUCCCACAGGCAAGAUUUUGUGGUGGUGGAUUCUUCAUAUUGCAAUGGUGGUUGGAUAGCUCAGGGCUCUAGCUGGGAAUCUAGUAGACAGUUUCUUGCUAGCAUAGGUUCUUAAUUGCCAUAUCCAUCCUUAAUAUUAUCAACUGUUUAACAGCUGCUGUGCAACUAUGGACUUUCUCACUAAGCAGCAUUUGUGGUUUAAUGAAGGAUUGAAACUUUCACACUGAAAAGGAUAUUCUUCCACGUAAUAAGAUUUCCUUACUUUUUGUUUUCUGACCAAUAUAUUUUUUGUUGUCUUGAAAAUUACUUUAAAAAUAUGUCAACUAUAUUCACACUUAAUAAUCCAUUGACAUUCUGCCAAAUAAUUUUUCUUUGCAACUCAUAAAGGCACUUCAGAAACUCACUGCAGAGACUUCAUUCAUGAACAAAACUACACUUCCACCAGGGCUGUUUUAUAAUAAUAUAUAUAAUGAUUAUCUGAGGACAGCUUGCGCAUAUAUAUAUAUAGCUGUCUUCUGAUAAUGUUUUAUAUAGACUAUUUCUGAUACAUUAAGUGUUUAGCUUUUUAAAAUUGUCCUACGUAGUAAUGAAAGAAAAGAACUAUUAAAUGGCGCUUAAUAUACUUUUUAUAAAAUUUUACUUAUAUAUAUUUUUUAAUUCUAAAUAUCAAAGCAUUAAUCACUUACACUGUGUCCCCAUUUCUGGUUUCCGGUCAUUCUGUUAUGCUACUUACUGUGCAGUCCCUUUGUUUAGAAUUCCACUUAGGCUUUUUAGAUUUAAUACUUAGCAUCUUUUACUUUUCUUUGCUUCUUUUGUUUUACAGACUGCCAGGUGGAAAGUAACAUCAAAGGAAGCUCUGCACAGAAUAAGUGAAUAUUCUGAAGCUGCCAUUACAAUCAGAGGAACAUACUUUCCUCCAGGCAAAGAGCCCAAGGAAGGAGAACGAAAAAUUUACUUGGCCAUUGAGAGUGAGUAUUGCUAAUCAUUUCCACUAAAACAAUAUAUUUAGUACAGUCUAACAAUUGUUAUGGGAAAACUCCCAUUACAGCUGUCUGGUGAAUGUAAAAUGAAUGCCACAUAGGGCAUGUUUUUAGCAAGCAUUGCAGCUAACUAGGCUAGAAAGUCAAGUGAAUUGUGUUCUUGUGAAAAGAUGCCCAGACACAUCUAUUGUUGCUUUCUUAAAGGGCAAAGAAAGGAAUUCUGCCUUGUUCUAGAAAAGUUGGCACAUCAGGUGAUAUGUGCCCCUAUUCUCAGUGAGGUGGAAGAAGUGCUUGACACAAAUAUUGGCUGUAGUGAUUAACCACAUAGUCAAUUUGACACAAGCCAGUAUUCAGGAGGGUACAUCUGCAACAAGGUGUGGAAAACCUGCAAUAUUGAGUAGUUUCAGGAGUCAACAUGGUCUGACAUUUCCCUGUGUGCCCACACCAGCAGAGGGCUCACUGUUGACCAGAGUGUCCAAAAUUGCUGACAAGAAGAAAUUAAAGGAGCAAGUUGAACAAUAGUAGCUUUUACAUUUUUAAAUACUGCCAUCUGGACUUCCCAUUGGUUCACCUGGAGAUGAAGGACAAUGGAUGUGUGUUCCGGUUACAGUGGUUACUGUGAAGGUGCAUGGAGUUCAAACAAGCUGUCAGCUCAUUACAAGCCACCUUUCCCAUCAACCAGCCAGCGACUUGACCCUCUAAAGAUAUUUGCGAUGAUUUGUCAAAAGCAAGGGGAAGUGCAGGGCUUCUGGUGGUGGCAUUUUUAAGCUGGAGCAAAACAAGUACCCAGACUUGACCAGGGUAACACACCAGAGUAGAUUCAGGUUUGUCCUCCCCAACCGGAAAUGCCCAUACAGUAGCAGGAUGAAAUGUCAGUGGUAGAUAGGGCCUGUUCCCUGUCUUUCUCUCAACUGAAGGGGGUGAGCACACUCCACUGCAUUGUUCUAGUUCUAAGACCAACACCAGACACUCCUGGCAGCCUCAAUUAUUGGAGCAGGAAUCUUCCAUAUUGUUAGAUGUUUCCAUGUGAUGGGGAGGGGAGCCACGUUAGGGCAAGCUCCAAGAACUUACAAGCUCUAAGGCGUAUACAAAUUUGUAUCACAUCUUGCAUGUACAGGUCAUCUCAGCAAAUGGGGCUCUUGGGAUGCAGCAGGUAAUUGCCUCUGCACAUCAGCCACCAUUUUACUUUUGGCUCCAGCUAGGAGGAUGGUAAGGGACACGGGUGGCGCUGUGGUCUGAACCACUGAGCCUUGGGCUUGCCAAUCAGAAGGUUGGCAGUUUGAAUCCCUGCAACGGAGUGAGCUCCCGUUGCUCGGUCCCAGCUCCUGCCAAUCUAGCAGUUCAAAAGCACGUCAAAGUGCAAGUAGAUAAAUAGGUACCGCUCUGGUGGGAAGGUAAACGGCGUUUCCAUGCAUUGCUCUGGUUUCACCAGAAGUGGCUUAGUCAUGCUGGCCACAUGACCCGGAAAAACUGUCUGUGGACAAAUGUUAGCUCCCUCAGCCAGUAAAGCGAGAUGAGCGCCGCAACCCCAGAGUUGUUCGCAACUGGACUUAACUGUCAGGGGUCCUUUACCUUUUUGGUUUUUUUAGGAGGAUGGUAAAAAAGAUUCUACAACCCUCUUUUCCUACCUCUUAUCUAACCACCAUCAGCCAUAGCCAUAAGACACUGCCAGUGUAACUUCAGGAUGUUGAAUUCUUAGUUACAGGAACAUCUCACUCUUUUCUUUGGGGGCAUUUGCAGCCCAUCAUCGAGAAGGCCUCCUUUCAGAUCACCACCCACGGUGUCUCUGCUGGGAGCAGAGACUGGAGCACGGUUUCCUUUAUUUAAUCAAAGUGUGCAGGCAGUUUCAUAUGGGAAGCCACUGUUUUAGACCUAAACUAUUUUAAUGGCUUUUAAAUUUGGUGUAAUGUCAUAGAAAGAGAGAAUUGCAUCACUCCUGCAUAGCUAUUCAGACAUACAAAACUCACUAAAUAUGUAACCCUGGCAAGCACAUUCCCAUACGUAUAUCCUUGUUAUUAAUUUUGGUGGGAACUCCAUGCAAGCCCCAUGGAUUUAAGGCGACAUGAGGGUGCUUGUUCCAUUGUUCACUAAUUUCUUCUUGCUGUUUUUGCUGAAUUUCUUGGUAAUGUGAAUAUGUAUGUGUAUAACAUUAUGAAACUUAAUUUAGGUUUAAUGUCACAAUAUACGAAUUAUUGGAUUACUGAAGCACUUUCAUGGCUACCAACACAAUGUGAUUCUUCUGUUUGCUUGCUUCAUCCUUGAUGAUUUAAUUUUUGUUUACUUUCUGCUUUCAGGUGCCAAUGAAUUGGCUGUGCAGAAAGCAAAGGCAGAAAUCACCAGGCUUAUCAAAGAAGAGCUUAUCAGACUGGUAGGUGAAAUAGUCAUAAUUUUUGUCUGAAAUUCCAGGUAUUUCAUAGCAGUUAUCAGCGGUGGGGAGCAGCUCACCCGCGCGCUUAAUUAGGCCUUUCAGGCUUCCCCUUUUGACAUGUGGCAUGAGUUUGGUCUAAACCAUGCCCACCCGUCCAACACCUGACAUCGUGUGACAGCAGGUGAGGGGCAGGUGAAUCCACAUGGCUAAAAUGUAAAGGAAUAAAUAGGAGACCAGCCACUGAUAGAAUUUGGCACUUUGGUAUCUUUUUCUGUUGCCCUGCCAAAUUAAAAAAAGCACCAGAUUAAAGGAAGAAUGCAUUUCUUCUUUUGCAGCAACAACUUGAAUUCUGGGGUUUUCCUUUUGAUCUUAGAAGUGUAUUAAGCUAGAGCUGCAAAGGAAAAAUCAGGAGCACGCUUAGAGAUUCAAAGGAAAAUCACCUCAUGUCAUAUGGCAGGUGGGCAGCCCCACCCAUGUGUAGAAACUGCUCAAGGAGCAUGAAGGAAUUCUGGAUUAGCCAGAUGCAGUUUGCCACUUGUGCUAUAAUUCCGCAAUACUAUCUGGACAGAUUAAUCCUACGAAGUUCAUGGAGGGCGGGGGAGACUCAGGGGUGAAGUAGCCUCCAUUUCCAAAAGCCCUACCAGGUUUAUGCCAGACAGGGCAAAAUAUAGUUGUGUGGGUGGCUUCUUACCUAAUCCUCUCCCUUUUUUCCUCACCGAUUCCUUUGUUUGAAAAACCCUCUCAUUGUUUCCAGUGGGAGGGGAAAUAACCUAUACCAGCUCCAGAACUGGUAUAGUUACUCCUGCGUUCUCAAGGCAUUUCUGGGAAAUGGAGGAGCUUUGGAUCCAGGAGAGCCAGUGCCUCCCCCAAUCUGCCCUGACAUGCUCCUGUAAUGACUCGCUUUGUUUUACUGCCUUCUGAGCAGAGGACCAAUAAGCUGUGGCAGCAGGGCUUUGUGCUGCCAAACCAGUGAGGCCUCUGAGCAUGGUCCUCCCUUUCUAGUCAUGGAGAGGAAGGUUCAAGUUAUUCAGCAGCCUCCCAGGCGCCCUCCACAGAAGCAUAGGAUUGCUCCCUUAAGCUAUUUAUACUUAAUACCUCAAAUCCAGAAGUACUGGACCAGUCAGCCCCCCUGUGUUCUUGCUAGUCUGUUAGAGCAACAGAUACAGAAUACUGUGAGGAUUUUGCUAUUAGAGACAUCUCUCCAAGAGGUUAGCAAACAUAUCCUUGUACAUUAAAAAAAUUAAGAGGGUUGCAUAUGUGCUUCUUUGGAAACAUCUCUUACCUUUCCAUAGAAGACAACUGAUUUAUUUCCUUUUGUAAAUUGAAGCUUUCUUUUUUUCAAAACCAAUGUUAAUAAUUUUCUGCUCUGUAUCAUGUUUCUUUUGGAUUCGGAUUUGGGAUUCUUUGUUUAUUCCAUGGUGAGCUGACUUCAGACACUUAAACUCACAAUCAAAUGCUUUAUUGAGCUUUCCAUUAUGUGUUUCCUUGCCCUUAGACACUCUUGUUUUGCUACACUGUAAUAUACUUUUGUUACUGUUUUUAUAGUUGAGUUGGCUUAGAAAGUAUGCUAACUAUAUGUCUGAUUAAUCGUAUCCUGCUUUCUUCUCUUACAGCAAAAUUCAUACCAACCAACCAACAAAGGAAGAUACAAAGUUUUAUAAAUAUUUGGAGUAAAUAUGUCUGCCAGUUUUCAUUUGUGAAACUUGUCAUUUCUGUUUAUCUUUGCUAUUUACACUGCUUAUUGUAAAUUACAUUUUUUAAUGUAGUCAUGCUGGAUUUUUUUAAAGAUCAAAAUUACUUUUGUCAGGGGGUCCUUUUCUGCGCAGAUUACAACAGUUUCAGGAGGGCAUAAUUAAAGGGUUUUUUUAAAAAAUUGUGUGCUUCUAUGUAUACGGAAUAAAAUCAGUUACAACUUUUCUGGACAACUAGUAUAAGCUCAGCUUGAAAAAUCUUAAACAGGGGGUGAUAGUUGUACUUCAACAAAGGUUGAAGUUUCCCACUCGCAUAGAAAAAACCUUCCUUGCCCAUCUUCCUCCCAUUCCGAGUUAGACCAGUGAGAGGCAUAUGAACUUCUAGAACCAUAUAAAUGGCCUGGAAAUCGUGAGUACUUAAACUCUUAAUGGACUUUGAUGCAUAAGGAUAACAAAAGUAGUGUCUGUAUAUUUUCCUGCAAAAUGAGAAAUUUGGAAGAUUUAAUAAGUUUUCUAUACAUGUCUGGUUUUAGGAAUUAGCAAAAAAAGUUUUUUUAAAAAUUGAACUUAUUAUUUAAUGAGAGAAAUCGUACUUCCAUUACAUGAGAAAUCUUUUUCCAUAAGGGAAGUACAGAAUUAGUCAAGCUUAUUGUGAAUGUGUGUGUAUAUAUAUUCUUUAAUUAUUUCCCCCCAUUUUUCUGUGUCGGCAUAUGAGAAAAUAGUUUGUCAGUCGCCUCCAAUGUUGGUGGCUAUUGUAUCAGAAUAUGGUAGCCUACUUGAGACAGUCUCUGACCUGUAGACACUUAACUGAGAACUUAGUCUAACUCUCCCUGGUUCCGAAGCUAUUCCAUUUUCCACUUCUUAUCACAUUAACAUUUAUGAGAGAACUUUUCUCAAAUUCUUCUAAUUUUGCCUUUAUUAUUGCAUCACUGGUGGUAUCUGUGUAAACAAUGGCAGUAAUAAUUGGGAGCUGAAAAUUUGUCCAGUUUUGAAAUGUCUGUCUUGUAGAAGGGUGUGAUGCUAUGGGGCAAAAUCUAAUUUUAAUAUGUAAAAUGUACAUUGAUCUAAAUAAAUCAGGCUCUAAAUUUAAUAAACUGGAACACCAAAACAAGCUCAUGUGUUUUUCAAAGCAUGAAUUGCCUUUAACUGUGUUGGACUUCCCAAAAUAUUUUGCCAGAUCAAUGACAUGUGUUGUGCUGAUUUUAUGUUUCACUUUUCAACAGCUUUGACUUGCCAUGUGGUAGGACUGUAGCUGUUUUGUUUUUAAAAGAAAAUCUAAAACACUUUCACUGGGCUGUAAGAAUUCAUGGGAAGGUGAGGAGAUUAGCAGGAGCAUGAUUGUGCUGUUAAAUACUUUGCGACGGGAACUACUUUGAGAAGCCAUGAUAUUGGAAACAUUUCAUUUGAGAAGAUAGUUAAUUCUUUCUUUACCUGUAAUUUUCAGUUUUAGAAUGAAUACAAGGUCUUUGUAAAGAACAAUUUCAUUAUAUGUGUGUUUUCUAACUUCCUCAUAAAAUAAAAUAAAACGUCAUUGUGUAUUCCUUUUCUGAAAA